AUGAAAGCAUUAUCAGCUUUAGAGGAUAUUCUGCAAUCAGCCAAUCAGAAGCAACUAGUCAAGACUGAGCUCUCCUCUAUAUGGAUAUACAGUAUGCUGCUUCUUCAGCUGCCAGCUCUCCUCUUUAUUGACCUCUGCCGAUACAAACCAGUCAUCGUGUUUCAGGGCCUGUGCCAAGUCAUCGUCUACGGCCUGCUGUGCUUUGCAUCCAGCUUCCAGGCCAUGAAGUGGCUUCAGGUUAUCUCAGCCAUGGUCACUACAUGUGAAAUUGCCAUCUAUUCAUAUGUAUGCAGUGUGGUGACUGUUGAUCAAUAUGGCAAGGCCUUUAUCUGCAGCAGAUGGUUUAACUUGCUGGGAUACACCAUAGGAGCUCUGGGUGGUCAGCUCAUGGUGUCAUAUGGCCACUUCUCCUACUACUGGCUGAACAUUAUUACCCUGGGAAGUGCAUCAGUGGCUUUUAUCAUCUCUAUUUUCUUGCCCAUGCUCAGCACAAAUUAUCCAUGUUCGGAAUGUUUAAAUGACCAGAUCAAGCGCAAAGACAGGAACAUCGUGCACUGCUGCUGUAAGGUGGUGGUCAAGUUCCUCAAGCAGCAGUGGUUGGACAUCUGUGAGAGCUAUUCUUACAACACCAUGAUCUGGUCUUUAUUGUGGUUACUUGUGACAGCUGGAUGCCACCAAGUGACAGACUCUUCCGAAAGGCUCUGGGAAAAGCUGCUGGAACACUCUGACAGCGUCUACCUGCUUAAUGGAGGUGUGGAAGCUGUAGCAGCUGUACUAGGGCUAAUUGCAUUCUUCGUGAUGGACCGCAUUAAGGUAGACUGGAGCUACUGGGGAGAGCUGGUUGUGUCUGCCCUGUGUGCAGUGGACUGUGCUGCCACACUAGCCAUGGCCAUCACAAGCAGCAUCUGGGUGGGCUAUGCUGGCUACAUUGUGUGUAAGACCACCUACAUGAUUAGCAACACAAUAGUAAUACUGAACAUCACUCUGAGUGUGACCAGGAGAAGAUAUGCGUUGGUGUUUGUGAUGAACAAGUUCAUAUCUCUGCUGCCGCAGGAACUUGUGUCUCUAGUGAUGACUUAUCUCAAUCUGGAGAUCUACAUCCAGUUUAUCAUCUACAGUUACUAUUUGGAUGUACUAACACUGAGUUUCGGCAUCAUCGCAGUCUUCAGAAUGGUUUCCAAAACUAAGAAAAGCAGAAGAAACCAGCAGACCACCAAUGACAGCGCAGGAUGUCCAUAA